CAAAAUGUUCAUUAUGCUCCUGUUAGUUCAUGUAUUAGCUUCACAACUGAAGAACCUAUGUGACUAUGGACUAAAGUGAUACAGUGUGUGUCAUGUGACCUACUCCACCAGUGUUUUGGCCUGUUUUGGUGAACGACAUUUGAUCACCACAAUGCCAGAUAGACUGGAUGUACUGACUGGCUCCUGUGUGCAAAUCCCAUGUUCAUUUGAUAUUCCUGACAAACAUCACUAUACAUUUAACAGCACAAUACUAACCUCUGGAGUGUGGAUGAAAGAAAUCCCAUACUUUGAUCUACAUCCGGACAGUGUGAUAUUUAACAGUAGUAAGAUGGUCAACAGAUAUCAAGGGGAGAUAACUGGAAACAUGUCCCAGAAGAACUGCACCACAGUCUUCUUCAAUGUAACCACCAGUUACUCUGAUAAAUACUACUUCAGGAUUGAGAGUCAACCAUUCCGUGCAACAGACCUUGAUAAGUCUGUUUAUAUAGAUGUCAGAGAUUUGCCUUCCAGUCCCAUCCUUACUGUCUCAGGUGAGGUGAAGGAAGGGACCCCUGUCAGUUUGAACUGCUCUGCUGUCGCUCCCUGUCCCGAACACCCCCCCGAGCUGACAUGGACUCUCCCAACACAGUUCACAACUGAGAACCAACUGCAGGAGAAUCCAGACGAAACCAAAUCAGUUCUCUCCACGGUGUCCUUCACUCCAUCAUAUCUUCAUCAUGAGAAGAACAUCACUUGUACUGCAGUCUACCCAGUAGGGACAAGCAACAAGACAGCUGAACAUAACAUGAUGCUUAACGUUUCAUUCUCUCCUAAGGACACCUCGGCAUCCAUCAGUCCAGCUGAUCCAGUAUCAGUGGGCAGCUGUGUUAAUUUGACCUGCAGCAGUACAGCCAACCCUCCUGUGACAACCUUCACCUGGUUCCAGAUCAGUGGAGAUAAACCAAUACAGGUAGCAUCUGGACAGAGUUACACCCUCAAUGUGACUGUUGAUGGAGGAUUGUACUUCUGUGAAGGAAGAAAUAGUCACGGCUGUGGGAAGUCAAAGGAAGUGCAGCUGGCUAUUAAAGGGCAUGAAGAGCCUGUUAACCCAAAGGUUUUUGAGAUUUUAGGAAAAACCUUGGGGUUGAUUUUCCUUUUCAGCCUGAUCGUAUUCUUUGCAUGGAGGAGGAGAACAUCUAGACUCCCCAGUGGGUUUGACAUGACAGACCGUUCACAGGGACUGGUGGGAAUGAACUCCCCGGGUGGGACAGUGUUCUCUAACCAGGCUACCAGGUAUUGGGAACCAGUAACCACCACUUAACAACCAAGAUGGUCUUUAAGCACAAGUCAAUAAAAGAGGUGCAUGUUAAUUAUUUUUCCAAUGGGUAUUAAGUGUUUUUAUGUACAAUAUUGUCAUUGUGUAUUAGUUUCUAUUGGUACUUUUGUUACCUUUAUAAAUGUGUACUCUUUGAUUUAUCUGCAUAUUUGUCAAAUUUUCUGGGAUGAAAAGUGUUUAACUGUUACUAUAGUGUUGAUAUGAUGAUGCAGGCUACUCUUUAUUUUAGACCAUUUAUUUUGAGUGUUGAGUUCACAGAGCAUCUGUUUAAUGGGUUCCAGUAUAGAGGAACUGCUGAUUUCAACUAGCUCACUGAAGGCAGAUUAAGACCAUAUAAAGUCAAUGAUGACUGAGGAGAGAAGAGACAGUUAGUUGGAGAGACAGUGGUCUGGUAGCCUAGUGGUUAGAGCAUUGGACUAGUAACCGACGAGUAACCGGAAGGUUGUGAGUUCAAACCCCCGAGCUGACAAGGUACAAAUCUGUCGUUCUGCCCCUGAACAAGCAGUUAACCCACUGUUCCUAGGCAGUCAUUGAAAAUAAGAAUGUGUUCUUAACUGACUUGCCUGGUUAAAUAAAGGUAAAAAAAUUAAAAUAAAAAAAAUACAAGACAGGAAGUUGGUGCAGUAAGUCAACAUGAUGCAGAAUGGUGUUAACAUCUACUAGUCACUGUUUAUCUUCAUCUUUUGUGCAGUUCCCAGAAUAACAAUGUUAUCUACUUUCAGUUUAUAUCUAUUUAGAAGUUCUCGUCAGCUUUUAUGUUAAGUGUUAAAUCGAAGAAACAAUUUAGACUGAAUUUAUUAUUUAUUAAGGUUGUUUAUUAAUUGCCCUGCAAUAAAAACCUUUAUAUUCAAUU